AGGCGUCGCUGUCAGAAGCGGAGAUGGCGGCGGCAGCGGGGGCGGCCCUCGUGUCGUGGUGCAUGGGGCAGCUGCGCGGCACUUUUGGGCUGGAUGUCAGCGAGGAGAUUAUCCAAUAUAUUUUGUCUAUCGAGGAUGAGGAAGAGAUUCGGGAGUAUGUCGCCGACUUGAUCCAAGGGAGAGAUGGCCAGAAGAAGUUCUUCAUAGAUGAGCUUGUAGCAAGGUGGAAACAAUCCCUUUCUACAACUUUGGAUCCUUUGCCGCUGCAUCAGAAAAAAGAUGAUAUUUUGGAUACACCUCGGCCAGGAGACCAGACAAAGAGAGGAAGGCAUAAAGGGAGAAAUAAACAGGAAGCACCCAUUUAUGUUGAAGCCUGUCAGCCUGUAGAGAAAGUAAAAACACCGCUUGAUUUAGCCAAGGCCCAGGAGAUCCCCAGAGGCAGCAGCUCCUCUUCCUCCAAGAAGAAGGCAAAAUACGUUAAUUUGUACACGAAGGAAGGCCAGGACAAGCUGGCUGUCAUGCUCCCAGGGCGCCAUUCCUGUGAAUGCUUGGCCCAGAAGCACAAGCUCAUCAACAACUGUUUGACGUGCGGGCGGAUCGUUUGUGAACAAGAGGGGUCUGGGCCUUGCCUAUUCUGUGGAACUCUGGUGUGCACCAAAGAAGAGCAGGAUGUCUUGCAGCGGGAUUCCAAUAAGAGUCAAAAGCUGUUAAAGAAGCUGUUGGGAGGUGCAGAAAAUAUUGGAAAGGUGGACAUAAAUGACAAAGACGUGUUCCAACUUCGGGAAGCUCGACUUAAGUCAGGUCUGGAGAUGGCCGUGAAGCACAAAGACAAACUGCUGGAGUAUGACAAAACCAGUGUGCGACGAACUCAGGUAAUUGACGACGAGUCUGAUUACUUUGCUACCGACUCCAACCAGUGGCUGUCCAAGCAGGAGAGGCAGGUGCUGGAGAAGAGAGCGAAGGAGCUGUACGAACUGCGGCACGCCUCGCGGCUGUCCAGGAAGGUCACCAUCGACUUUGCGGGUCGGCAGGUCCGCGAAGAAAAUGACAACAUGGCGGACUAUCACAGCAAGUUGGAUGAAACGGUUGAAGCCAUCAGCAGCGGCACUCUGGUCAAGGCGAAGCAAAAUCCAGACGGGAAACUCGAAGAAUUGGGAGUCUUGGUGAACCCACACAUUCUCCAGCCAGCUCCUGUCUGGGUGGACCAAGCUGGCUUGCUCCCAUACCGGAAAAUGGACGUUUCUGCAGAGAGUGGGAGCCUCGCAGAUUCAGAAAGAAAUCGCUUACGAAUUCAGGAUCGAGAGAUCCAGGAGAUUUCAGACAACGGCUGGUGUCUGAGCCUGCAUCAGCCUUGGGCCUCCUUGCUGGUCAAAGGGAUCAAGAGGGUGGAAGGCCGAAUUUGGUACACAUCCCACAGAGGCCGGCUAUGGAUAGCAGCCACCGCAAAAAGACCUACCCCCCAGGAAAUCUCUGAGCUGGAGGCCACCUACAGAACAUUGCUCCAGGAAGAUUUGGAAUUUCCCCAGGAUUAUCCCUCCGGCUGUCUGCUCGGCUGCGUGGACUUGAUUGACUGCCUGUCACAAGAGCAAUUUCAGGAACAGUAUCCCCAGCUGAGCCAGGAGUCGGCUUCUCCAUUUGUCUUCAUCUGUUCUAACCCCCAGGAGAUGGUGAUUAAGUUUCCCAUCAAGGGCAAACAUAAAAUCUGGAAGCUGGAUUCCAAGAUUCACCAGGGAGCCAAGAAAGGGUUAAUGAAGCAGAAAGCAGCCAUCUGAGUUCCCAAAUCCUCCUCCUCCUCCUC